AUGCAAAGUUCAAUUUCAUUUUUAAAAUCCAAUAAAGGUAAAACAUUACUGUUAUUGAAUCAAUAUUUGUUCAAAUGCAAUAAAACAACACAUUCAAAAAAAUAUUGGAUUUGCAUUGAACGUGAAUGCAAGGUGUUCGUUCAAACCGACUUGAAUGAUCAAUUUUUAUUGAUUACUGGUGAUCAUAAUCAUGUUGUUAAUCCAGAUUUAAUAGAAGCAAAAUUAUUGAAAGAGAAAAUGAAACAUCGUAUUUUAACUGAAACAACAUCGUUAACACAGAUUUACGACCAGGAAAUUGCAAAUACUAAACUGUCUGAAGCUACUGCAGCACAAUUUCCAACUGUAAUCGAAUAUCGUAUGUAA